GCGUUUACUUGUGUACACUCGUGCGUGCGUGCGUCCGUCCAUAUGUCUAUUGUUUUCUAAACAAUGCGGUGCCUUUGCUAAGUUUCAAGUUACAUGAUACCGAUUUUACUGUUAACUCUAGUGCAGUAAUUAAUAAAAUAAUGUGCCAAUUUAUUAAGGUUUCGUCGCUUUGAAGAUUUGAGGAUGGCGUCUGCCUUAAUGAGGAAUCUUAUAAAGCUCUUGCGGGCGACGAAAGCAUUUCUAGACGCACUUAGCGAAGCCGGUGCGACGUGUGUAACACGAGCGACAGCUGUCAAGUUUCUCCUCGCGCGUAAAUUUGACAUUGCGCGUGCUCAUACGCUCUGGCGGCAACAUGAAGCAACGCGACGGAGGGAAGGCCUCAUCAAGUUUGAGCCAUUUGAAGAUCCACUGAAAAGUGAGCUUGAAACUGGGAAAUUUACUAUACUGCCCACGCGUGAUGCUACGGGGGCGGCAAUAGCAGUUUUCACAGCUAACAAACACUUUCCCAGUCUAACGUCACAUCAGACAACGCUACAGGGCGUGGUGUAUCAAUUGGAUGUGGCGUUGCAGUCCCUAGAAACACAGCGCGCUGGUUUAGUCUUCAUUUAUGAUAUGACGGACUCAAAGUACACAAACUUUGAUUAUGAACUUUCACAGAAGAUACUCACGAUGCUUAAGGGCGGAUAUCCGGCUAAGUUAAAGAAAGUGUUGAUCGUAACAGCUCCACUGUGGUUCAAAGCGCCGUUUCGCAUACUACGGCUAUUCGUACGUGAGAAGCUACGUGAGCGCGUGCAUACAGUGAGUGCGCCUCAGUUGGGUGCCCACGUGCCAAGGGCCAGCUUGCCCAAACAGCUUGGUGGACAGCUCGAGCCCGAUCACGCAGCUUGGUUAGAGCAUUGCAGAAAUUGUUAUACGAAUAAUCUUCAAAACUCAAAAUUGGACGGCGUUAUCGACGAGUAUGUGAUCAGUAAUCACAUUCCGCCUGUCAAACCGCAAAAUGGUAUGAUAGAGGAGGCGGGUCGGGACAUGACGAGUGAUCGUGUGUCGCGGCACACAGAAGCCGACAUAAUGCAUAUCAGCGGCGACCUUCCCUACACGUGCGAUCCUACGCCAUUAAGACACACACACGGCUACAAUGACGACAAAGUAAAUCAUAUUAACUCCGGAGAUGAAGAUGAUUUAGAUUUAAUAACCCGUGGGACAUGGUCAUCCGGCGAAGCGUCCCCCGGUCUAUCGGACGAGGAGUGCGGUGGCGGUGGGGCGGGGGAAACACCCGUAGCGUUGCUCGCACGCGUACGCCAGCUCGGAAGACGCGGUCUAGUUUCCGAGUAUGAAGAAAUACGGGCCAGGCCGCCGCAUGGGACCUUUCAUCACGCAAAAUUGCCAAGUAAUCUAGUCAAGAACCGCUACACAGAUGUAUUGUGUUAUGAUCAUUCGCGGGUGGUUUUAUCUCAGACAGAUACAGACGACGCUACUACAGAUUACAUCAACGCUAACUACGUGGAUGGAUACAAACAGAAAAAUGCCUUUAUUUGUACGCAAGGUCCCCUUCCAAAAACAUUCGGUGACUUCUGGCGUAUGGUCUGGGAACAGGGCAGUCUUGUGAUCGUAAUGACCACUCGUGCUGUGGAACGUGGGCGAGUAAAAUGCGGUCAGUACUGGCCGGCUACGUUUGGCACUCGCGCAGUACACGGGGGUUUUGCGGUUACAACCGAGUAUAUAGAACAGGAGGACGAUUAUACUAUAUCGCAUUUGUUACUUACUGAUUUACGGACGGAAGAAUCGAGGAGUAUAUGGCACGGUCAAUACACGCGAUGGCCUGAUUACGGUGUACCAGGCGGCGGUCGAGCUCAACCAGUAUUAAGGUUUUUAAACCUCGUACGAAGAGCACAGCACCGCGCUAUAGCCGAGUUAGGAGAUGCCUGGGCGGGACAUAGUAGGGGGCCUCCCAUAGUUGUGCAUUGUUCAGCGGGUAUUGGACGAACAGGUACAUUCCUAACUCUGGAUGUAUGUACGUCCCGACUGUCUGCGGAGGGUGUAGCGGACGUACGUGGUACGGUGGAGCGUAUUCGUGCGCAACGAGCGCAUUCUAUUCAAAUGCCCGACCAAUACGUCUUCUGCCAUCUAGCGCUAAUUGAGUACGCUGUAAUGCAAGGAUACCUAGAGUCAGCGGACUUGUCUGGAUUUGACGACGACAAUGAUGAUCAGUCGGAAUGAAGACUGUCGCGUACCUGCGUCCUACUGUGACUAAGAGGUGGGGUGACCAUGUUUUAGGGAAUUCUCUAAAAACAAGCGAAUGAAGUAAUAAAAUAAAGAUGAAUUUUGAUAAUCCAAGUAUUGUUGUAUAACGUGACUGAAUAUUUGUGGUCAAAUAAUAAUCGUAUACAUAAUUAUUAAGUAUGUGACCGCAAAUAAAAAGAUAUAUUAUUGGUUAUAUACAGUGGAAGUAAUCUCUAUGUAUUUGAAAGUCAAAUAAAUCAUAUUGUAUUUUAAUACCCGCCAACUACCCAAAUUUCGUAAAUUAAAAUUGAAUCUGAAAAAUCAUAUAUGACUAAGAUUUUCUGUUUGACAUUCUAGUGUCAUUGUGUGUCAAUAUUAUAUGUCCUAAAAAGAGGGUAAUUAGAAAAUUGUAAGCGUGAAUACUUAUGACUGACAGAAUGAAUUUAUAGUUUUGAAUCUGGCAAAUCUUGCCACUAACGGUAUACAUAAAAAAUUAAAUGUCAAAUGACGAUUCUUUAUCUUGAGUAUUGUUCGAUACUUUUAUGAAAUCCUCCCAAUAGUCUUUUGUCUAUGUCUACGUGAUUAAAGUUUGUAUAUUGUUCGUUUAAUUUGCAGUUGCAGUACAUACGUAUAAAUGCGGGACUGUUGUUGUGCCAUUCGUAAAUUCUAUUUAAACUCUAUACUUAACUGUCUCUUGAGAUAAGAAUUGUAAUACAUCCGUAUAAUAUACAAAGACUACAUAAUUUUUUAAUUUUUCUAAAGAUGAUAAUAACGCGAUGACAUCAACGAACGAGACGUAGCGUAAGUCUGUCUCACGUACGUCACAAAUCUAUUGGAUUUUGACGUUUGUGUUCUAAGUCUCGUGACUGUAUUUCACCCUAAUAUCUCAAAAGACCCAGCCGGGUACUCUUAGAGAUGAUAUACAAUAUGAAAUUUAUAGUUUUUUUUUAAUUCACUCAUGCAUACUUCUUAUAAAAUGUAAAAUUUGAUGCUUUUAUGUGUUUCUUCAUUAGGCUUAUCCUCCUAAAUUAUUUGUUUAAAUGGGGUUAGUUGUCGUAAUGACAACAAUAUUUACUAUCAACAAUAAGGCCUAUAUAGAACGUCAACAUAUUUGACACAUGCGACAGACAUUAUUUUGACUUUAAUCUCGUAAUUAUUGAUUGUUUCGGGUGGUUAUAAGUUUAUAUUAAGCGUUUCGCAUUCAAACCUCUGUAUUUUAGAGUCAACCAUAAACUAAAUACUAGUUUAUCAUUCGUCAUUUUUAACAGAUGCUUUGCGACGGCCAUGACUAAGUAUGGCCAUUGACUCUGGUCACGUGACCAAGUUAAUAUCAAGCAUCGUUUAUUGCCAUCAAAAUAUUUUAUAUAGAGUGAUGCGGAUGCAGGAUAACAUGUAUUUUGCUAUGGCAAAGCUCCAUUGUAUAAAUUAAAAUCAUAAUGUAUAAUUUUAUCCCUUCGAAGCCACUACUUGUCCAAUUCAUAUUAUAUAUUUUGUAUGACUAACCGAAUUGGUGGUCAUAUUCUCCAAUAUUGCGUAUUUGAAUUGUAUGAGUUUUUAAUUUAAUUUAUUAUUACAAUGUAUUAAUCAAAUACUACUACACAGCCGCCUUUAAAAUACAAAUAAUUAUUUAAAUAUUUUUAAAUCUUGUUGCGUUUAAAGGUAUUUUUAUAUUAGACUACUGUAAUUUUCGUUAACUUUGAAAAAAUAUUGGCAGAAUUCUUAAUGAUGUAUAUAAACAGGUUCCUCUAGUGUGAAUAAGGACAGAUAAAAAAUCGAUAUUUAUAGCAACCAAGAGCAAGAAAGUUUGGCUGUGCGAAGUGAAGUGUCGUAUUUAACACAAUUGGUUUAAAAUCCUAAGAGGUGCUGGUAUAUUUUAAUCUUCAAAAUUUUUCACUCUUAUACUCAGGACCGUAUUCUAGAGCGUCAAUCAAACUUAAAUCUAGUUUCUGUCAAAGCAUUUCUGUUUGACAAAUUUGACAGCGCUCUCGACGACUACUGACUUGAGAUACGAAUUAGAAUAUGGACCUAAAUGUAGUGUAUGUCGCACCUAAUUAUAAUCGUGUAUAGACUGAGUAUUAUUAAUUUGCUUAAACUAUAGGAAAUAGUUUUUUCUCAGUAGAUUUUUGUUUAUAUAUGAGAGGUAUCAAAUACAAAUCGGAAAGAGUUAUUUUUCAAAUGGAAUAUAGCGACAUAUCUCUGGGGAAACAGAAGUAUAUUUUCGCCGUCCUAUCGUGCCACCUACAUAUCUAAUAUAUGCAAAUGUAUUUUCUUAUGAAUUACUUUCCUUGUGAAUAAUAAUGAGAGAUCGGUUAAUCUUUUGCAUUAUGCCCAAAUCCCGUUAGAAAUAUGUUGACUGUAGAUUAAUGUUGUUGAUUUUUCUUUAGAUUUUGUCAUCUGUUUUUACGACUCGUAGCGGUUACGCCUGGUAUAUUAAAGAAAUUCUAGAGAAUUGGGACGUUAACGUUUGGAUACAAUAUAGUCUCUCAUUAUUAAUUAUACCUUUUUUAUCUUGCAAUUAUCAUUUGCUAGUGUUGCUAAAUCUGCCCAAAUGGUAACCAGUGAGAAAAUGAAUUAUUACAAUAACAUAAGAUUCGUUCAGUCUGUUAUAGAUUUAUUAGAUCUUGUGUGAAUACUCUGAGUAGUUAACAAUUACAAAUUAUAGAACAAUGUCUGAGAGUUCGUUUAAUACCUACUUAAUAUUAAGGAAAUUUGUUAAUCUAUCUGUGUCUGUGGGUUCUUCGGGUUAUGUUUUGGCGACAAAGUGCCGCUCAUCGUAGAAAUGAAAAAGAUGUAGUGUUGGUAUGUCGUACUAACUCUACAUCUAAGGCUAGGUACGGAGACAGGUCUAAGCGCAGACUAUCACAUCGGUCAAACAGUUUUUUGACAGUUGUGAGACUUAGUCCGCACUUAGCCUUGUUUGAAUAAGCCAAAUUUUGCCAGGCUCUUUCCUACUAAAAAUAGAUGCUACAACUUUCUAUGAAAAAUUUGGCAGUGUUGUGCCGAAAGUUAUCAUGAUAAGUAGAUAUGGCGUCCCAAAAAUAAACGAACUGUCAAAACAUAAACCGUAGAUCCCUUCUCACACUGUUGUUUCUGAUAUGUAAAUAUUCAUUUUAAGGUCUAAAUUAAAUGCCCUUGUGAAAUAUGUGUGAAAAUAAAUACUUGUAAUAUAUUUA